ACAGCGCCGGCGCGUGAGGCAAAAACUGUGCGACCGCAGUGUGUGAGUCGCGUAGUGAAAUGGUUCUCCGAGCGGAGCAUGGCUGGGUCCGUCUGUGGACUCCGUCAUGUAUCAUCUUAAUAAUUGCCACGUCGUACAUACCCACGGCCGACGCGCUGAUAGAGGGCCUGUACUGUGGCACGCAGGUGUGCUACGACGUGCUCAGCGUGAGCCGGGAUGCCACCAAGCCGGAGAUCGCGAGGGCGUACCGGCAGCUGGCCAGGACGUACCACCACCGGUUCAGAGCCGGGGACCCCGCACUGGCCGGGGAGACGGAGGACAGCGCCAAGGAGAAGUUCCUCUUGGUCACCACCGCCUAUGAGACGCUGAAGGAUGAGGACUCUCGCCGGGACUACGACUACAUGCUGGACCACCCGGAGGAGUACUACCGCCACUACUAUGCCUACUACCGCACACGGCUCGCCCCCAAGGUGGACGUCAGGGUGGUCAUCCUGGUCAUCUGCGCCAUAUCCAUCUUCCAGGUACCUCCUUGGCAGAGCAGCUACAACGAGGCCAUCAGCUACCUGGUCAUGCCCAAGUACCGCAUCCAAGCCACAGAGAUCGCCAAGCAGCAGGGCCUGCUGAACCGGCCCAAGGAGAAGGGACGCAACCGCCGCACCAAGGAGGAGGUCAGGGAGCAGGAGGAGGAGGUCAUCCGGGACAUCAUCAAAAACAAGAUCGACAUAAAAGGCGGCUACCAGAAGCCCAAGAUGUCGGACAUCCUACUGUGCACUGUGAUGCUGCCCUACGUCCUGGUGAUCUCGGCCUCCUGGUACCUGUCGUGGUUCUACCGCUUCACGGUCUGCAGGGAGGAGUACGGCGAGGAGAAGCUGAACAUCAUCAGGCGCAAUAUGAAGAUGUCCCAGUCCCAGUUUGACAGCUUGGAAGAUAAUCUGAAGGAGACGUUCCUGGAGAAGCAGCUAUGGAUCCGGGAGAACUACGAGGUAUACAAACAGGAACAGGAAGAGGAGAUGAAGAUCAAGAUGGCCAACGACCCGAGGAUGAAGAGGUACCGGCGCUGGAUGAGGAACGAAGGCCCUGGCCGGCUGACCUUUGCGGACGACUGAGAGCCUAUCGGAUGCUGUGGAAUCUGCCUCGUGGCCAUGGCAUGUUGCGUGCUUCCUGCCAAAUGUGUGUGAAGGAAGAGGACGAACAAGGCUUGUUUGAACACAAAACAUAUUUUCCUAUUGACGGCCGAGGGAAGUUAAAGCACGGCAUGGGAUUGAACUUUUAAUACUUUUUUAAUGUGUAGUUGCUGUUAAAGAUUUUCAGUGUCAUACCUAUAUUAUUAUUCCUUCUAUACCCUUGUACACAUGGCCUCCAAUGAGGUUUGUUGUGUGUUAAUUAUUUUUUCCGUUGGUUCAGAUUGAGAUAGAGAUCUGUGUUUAAAACAGGAAAUGGGGAAACUACUGGUUUGUAACAUCGAGAGUGGAAGGCAUCUCCAUGGUAUUGAGUUUGACCAGUCUCCGUCUGACUGAACCCCGCCAGGGCCAUGAUGACUGGGAAUGGAAACGUUGCUCCCAAAGCCGAGCUACACAUGACUUCUAAUCCACAGCUGGGUCUUUUCAUGACCAGACGUCCACCAGCUGAGCUGCGGACUCCCUCAGGUGCGGACUCCCUCAGGUGCACGCCCCCCCCCCCCCCCCCCCCCCCAAGACCAGUGGCGGCUGGGGGCGGAUGUUCCUUCGGACUUGUGCUAAAUACUCUGGCCACUCUGCAUGAGUGGAGGAGAGGACAUUUGGAGGAGUAAACGGACGUUAUCUCUCCGCCACAAUCGGACAGAAGGAGGAAGUGGUGCUACCGAGAAUAACUUGCACUUCCUCGUUCCUACAGAACCUUUUUCAUAAAAAGAUGAAUAACUGAGACGUGUUUAUUUAUUUGAACGGAUGGCGUUCUGCUCCCUCCGUCUACCGUUAUAGAAUCUCAGCUUUGACGCAGAUGGAAUUGAACAAAAAUAAACCUCAUGCUUUAGGAGUU